AUGCACGAUGUUAGUAAUAUCUACUUGAACCAACGCCGUUGUUGUUCAGGGCCUGCUCGGUGCUACCGCCAGAUCAAGAACAAGCCGUACCCCAAGUCGCGGUACUGCCGCGGGGUGCCGGACCCCAAGAUCCGCAUCUUCGACGUGGGGCAGAAGAAGCGGGGCGUGGACGAGUUCCCGCUGUGCGUGCACCUGGUGAGCUGGGAGAAGGAGAACGUGACGAGCGAGGCCCUGGAGGCGGCCCGGAUCGCCUGCAACAAGUACAUGGCCAAGCACGCCGGCAAGGACGCCUUCCACCUCCGCGUGCGCGCGCACCCCUACCACGUCCUCCGCAUCAACAAGAUGCUCUCCUGCGCCGGCGCCGACCGGCUGCAGACCGGCAUGCGCGGCGCCUUCGGCAAGCCCACCGGGAUGUGCGCGCGGGUGCACAUCGGCCAGGUGCUGCUCUCGGUGCGCUGCCGCGACGCGCACGCGGCCCACGCGCAAGAGGCGCUGCGCCGGGCCAAGUUCAAGUUCCCCGGACGCCAGAGGGUCAUCGUCAGCGGCAAAUGGGGAUUCACCAAGUUUAAGCGCGAAGAGUAUCUCAAGCUCAAGAGCGAGGGCCGCAUCGUCCCCGAUGGUGUCAACGCCAAGUUGCUGACUUGGCACGGGUCGCUCGAGGGACGCCCGCGAGGAAAAGGUGUCUUUCCACCCUCCGUCGCCGAAUCGGCUUGA